ACCAAAUAUCAAGAUUUUUUUUAUGUAUUUUUAUUGCUUUUCAACGAAAUGUUCUAUAAAUCAUUCGCCAUUUCUCUCUCUCCUGUUAUUGAUCAAGGACUCACGGGUCCAGAAACGAAUUAAUCCGCCCUUUGUUACAAGUUGAUCGUGGCGUAACCACGGCGGACGGUGGUGGCGCUGUUGAUCUCAAGGAGCUUGUAACAAUCGGUGGAUUUAAUUAGUUAACCUGAAUAUACACACAGAUACAACGAGAUUGACGAGGUUUAGGUUUCGGAGAACGAAGUUAAUGAUUACGAACUGAUUUCGAAAUAAUUCUCAAGAUCGAUUUCGCCAUUGUUGUCCAAUUUGUUCAUUAAGAUAAAUCAAAGCUCUAUAUAAGACGAAGAGAGAAAUCAUGGGAAGUAGCUUCGAAGAAAGUGGAAUGGCUGUUAAAAGAGAUGCACCGGUGCCUCCUCCGUUACCGGCGACAACCCUGAUGACCCGCAAGCCGCCGUCAGGCCGGAGAAUCUGUUGUGUCUCCGCCACCACGACAGAGAUAUGGGAUAGUCUUUUUGAUGAUGCUUAUAGAGCAGAUGUGUCGAUUCAUACUACUCACGACAUCAUCUACGCACAUUCUAGCAUUCUUGGUCUGGCUUCACCUGUUUUCAGAAGCAUGUUUAAGCGAAAGGGUAAAAGCAAGAAGCAAGUCAAACAAUUCACAGUUCCUAUACGUGGAGUUCCAACAGAAGCUGUUCGUGUUUUCAUCCGAUUCUUGUACUCUUCAUGUUAUGAAGAGGAACAAAUGGAAGAACACGUUUUGUCUUUACUAGUGCUCUCACACUCCUUCGUUGUACCACGUUUGAAACGAGAGUGUGUAAAUCAACUCGAACAUAAAUUCUUGAACAUUGACAACGUUGUCGAUGUAUUUCAACUCGCACUUCUAUGUGAUGCCCCACGACUUAGUAUCAUAUGUCAUCGGCUAAUCAUAAAGAACUUGAAAGCAGUCUCUUUGUCGGAUGGAUGGAAAGCAAUGAAAGAGAGUCAUCCUGUUCUUGAAAAAGAACUUCUUGCAACAGUUGCCGUUGAAGCCAAUAUGCAGAAGGAGAAAGAGAAGAAGAUGAAGGAGAGGAAGGUUUAUCUAGAGUUAUAUGAAGCUAUGGAAGCCCUAGUUCAUAUAUGUAGAGAUGGUUGUAGAACAAUUGGUCCACACGACAAGGAUUUAAACAAACAUCAAGAUCCGUGUAACUACGAGGCUUGCAAAGGGUUGGAAUCACUCGUACGCCAUUUUGCCGGAUGCAAGUUGAGAGUCCCCGGUGGUUGUGUUCACUGCAAACGAAUGUGGCAACUCUUGGAGUUACACGCUCGUCUUUGUGUGGAUUCAAACGUCUGUAGAGUUCCUUUAUGCAAGAAUUUUAAAGAAAGGGCGAAGAAACAAAAGAAGAAGGACGAUAUAAAGUGGAAAAUAUUGGUGAAAAAGGUCUUGAGAACAAAAAGUAUAACGGGUGCUCCGUAUUUUACAUUGGUAACAUCGUUCUAAUGCUAGCGCUCACCAUAGAGAGUACGUAGUCAUAAAUUAAGCCGAAACCUUUUACAACUGAAUCGGUCUCAUUGUAUUGUAGUUAUGAUCAUAGCUAGAACAAUGUUAUUGCUAAUUUGUUCUUUGCUUAUAUUGUAUAUUA